GUUUGCCAACUGCCGUUAAAACAAAGAAGAAGAAGAAGAACAGCACGGAUGUUAUUAUAGACAAAAAUCAUCUGCGCUUCAUAUCAUUUUGUGCUUCUUCACAUCAUGUCAACAUCUGGAUUUAUCCUGGUGGUCCUCGCGGUGUCUCUGUGGCCCGGAGACUCCAGGUUCAUCAUAGACCCGUUGUCAGUCAUCAAACAGAAAUCUCUGACAUUGGAUAUGUGUUCUGAGUGCAGUCAGGUCAUCCAGCUGUCUGCCAACAUGAUUUCCAGCAGAGAUACCAAGGAGACUGUAUAUGAGACCUUGCAUGCUCUGUGCCAAAGCCUCCCAAGAGAGCAGGCAUCAGAGUGUGAUUCACAGGUGAAGAUGUAUUUGCCGAAAGUCCCGCAGCAGACACCAGGUCACCUGAAACCAGGAGAGACCUGUAUGGUUUUUGGACUUUGUGUUGCCCACAAGGAGGAUGAACUGCUGAAACCUCCCCACCAUGCCACCAAUAAAGAUGUAUCCAGUUCUGCACUCAGCACAGCCACCAGCACCCACGGGCAGUUCAACCCAGCUUGCACCCUGUGUUUGUAUAUUAUCAAGAAACUGGAAACCCUGUUGCCCAAGAAUAUGACAGAGGAUGCUUUGAUGAAGAUCAUGGGAGAGGUCUGUGAUCUCGUACCAGAGAGCUAUAAGGACCGCUGUGAUGAUUUUGUUGACAAAUAUGGCGUGCAGAUAGUCGAAUUCCUCUUAUCCUCAGCUGCACCUCACACAAUAUGUAGUCUUUUGCACCUCUGUUUGUUCAAGGAGCAGCCUGUUGCAGAGUGGUUCCUCCCCUCGGAUUGUGAGUCAUGCCGCGCGCUGGCUGUGCUGAGCCGACUUCACCUGGGUCUCAACUCUACCGAACCUCAGACUUCCUCUUUCCUCCAGUCUGUGUGUGUCCACCAUCCCAAUGCCAUCCCCAAGUGUGAGGCUUUCACUAAAAUCUAUGGCUCCCGACUGCAAAAGGUUUUGGGAAACCAGAUGGACGUUCUGCAUGCUUGUGAGAGAGCUGAUCUGUGCGUGGCCUCCAAGAAGUUGGAGCCGCUGGGAAAGAAUCGCUGUACUUGGGGGCCAAGCUACUGGUGCAAAGACAUUCAAACUGCUCAGAAAUGUGGUAACCAGGCCUACUGUGAGAAGUACAUGUGGAAGAAGUGAACCAAACUGCCGCCCUGUGUGCACACAAAUAACUACUUCCUUUUCACAAAUGUAUUGCACUGAUGAACUUUUAUAAAUGUAUUGCACUUAAACAUUUUUUUUUACUUUUUGGGGUAAUUAUCCAUCUCAUAUCAAUGAGCCAUAAAUAUUCAUCAUGAAAUGUUCUGCUUUGCAUGAAGUGUCACAAUACUGAGGCUGGGAUUCAGUCUGAAACAUCAGUUUCUGCAGUGAUUAACAGUUUUGUGAAGCGUUAUUCUGUAGAUUGCUACAUGUAUGUUAUUAUGAAUGUAGAAAUUGCAAAAAAAAAGUUAAUUAUAUAGAAUAAGCUCUUGGUAUGUAUUCAAGACUAUUUGGAUGACUACUCAAAAAGCUGCUUCAUCUGUUAUCUUGUUGCAGUUCUGUGAUCCCUGAUGCAAAUAACCACAUACACACGACAAACUCCUAAAACUAAAUUACAAUCAAAUGGUUUGUCAUUAAAAUUCAACAUACA